AGAGAGAGAGAGAGAGCGGAGCUUUUUCUUCGUUUGUUUUUGCUGAUAUGUUCAACCUUUGCCUUUUAUUUUUUGAAAAACUUGAAACAAAUUCACUCUCAUUAUUCUCUCUUUGCUCAGCCAAUUGCCCAAACCAAAUAUGGAGGGUCUCUCUUUGCUCGACCUUUUUCCCAAACCAAAAAUGGAGGAUCUCACUUUGUUUCCGUCUGAAUCAAAUAUGGAGGAUCUCUCUUACGAAAAUCUGUCUCGUCUAGUCAAAAUCCCAGAUCUCCUUUCUCGUUUGCUACCUUUAAGGCUUGAUGGAGGAGAAAAAAAUGUUAGCUUUCAAUGGCUCGGCCCACACUUUCUAACUUUUCUCAAAUAUGUUAAAGAAUUAUUGCGAUGCUUCUAUCCAGACUGCUGCAGACCAUUUACUAUGCACAAUCCAUAUUGUCUGUUGAAGCGUCUCGAUGAUUCAGCCUUCGAUUGCAUCUUAUACGAAGAGAUCUUUUCUCAUCACGAUAAUGAACAUUACAAAAUCUUUUUACAAAUCGUUCUCACUUCCAUGCCAAAGCUUAACGAGUUUUUCACGAUUCAAACAUCCAUCACAAAUAAUUUCAAAGUAAAUAAACAUUGGGAAAUCUUCAUCGAGUUUCUUUUUGAAACUAUUCGAGAGUUGCUUAGUUGCCAUAAGGAUUCCACCGUUCUUGUGAGUAAUCAACUCGAAUUUCUUCAGAAGGGGUUGAAAUUUCUGCUCACCUUUAUUUUUUAUCCAAUUCCAAGCUAUGAUGAAGAACAGAUGAAGAGUAUAUUCACAGAAAUUGAAGCUGUAUUUAAUGAAGCAGGACUUUUCUUGCAUUCAUUCUUUUUCACCACAGAUCUUGUUACCACCACCAAAGUGGAUCUUGCAAUUUCUGGUCUGUUAGAAAGGAUUGAGAUUGUGCUAGUGAAGAUUAAAUAUUACAGUAUUGCAGUGUCAAGUGAAGUUGUUGGAAGCCUACAAGUUGCAGGAAGUCCAAGUGAAGUAUCAUCAUCCCAAGAUAACAGCAGUCCCAUGGUAGAAGAGAUCGUUGUGGGCUUAGAGGACACGACAACACAAAUUGUGAGCAAGCUUGUUGGAGGACCAAACUACCGCCAGAUUAUUUCCAUCGUUGGAAUGGGUGGACUUGGCAAGACAACAUUAGCAAAGAAAGUAUACAAUGACUCCAUAGUUCGGUCCAAUUUUCAUAAGUUUUCUUGGUGUGUUGUUUCUCAAAUUUAUAAAAGAAGAAAGCUGUUGACUGAUAUUUUGAGUUCUGUAAGUAACCUUAACGGAGACGACAUUUCAGAAAAAAAAGAUGAAGAGUUGGAGGGACUUCUUUACAAAAGUUUGAAGGGUAGAAGAUACCUCAUUGUUGUGGAUGAUCUAUGGGAGAAAGAAGCAUGGGAUGAUUUGAAAAGGUUAUUUCCAGAUGAUAGCAAUGGAAGCAGAGUAAUGUUUACCAGUCGGCUGAAAAAUGUGGCAUUGGAAAUUUCUCAUGUUGUCGUUGAACCUUCUCCUCUGUUCCCAGACGAAAGUUGGAAUUUAUUAGAGCAGAAGGUGUUCAAAAAAGAAUGUUGUCCUCAAGAGCUGCAAGAUAUUGGAAAGCAAAUUGCAGCAAAUUGUAAGGGAUUACCACUUUCAGUACAUUUGAUAGCUGGAAUUCUUUCAAAUAUGGAGAAAAAAGAAAACUCAUGGCAACACGUCGCUAAAAGUUUAAGUGAUUACAUUUUCCAAAAAGCCGACGACUACAUUCCCACACUGAAACUUAGCUACAACCAUUUACCAAAACACUUGAAGCCAUGUUUCCUCUAUCUUAGUGCAUUCCAGGAGGACGAGAAGAUUCCAGUUCGGAAGCUAUUAUUACUAUGGAUAGCCGAAGGACUGAUAGAGAAAAGGGAGCAAAAGACCUUAGAAGAUGUAGCAGAGGAAUAUCUAAUGGAACUGAUUAACAGGAGCCUGCUGCAAGUUGUCCAACGAAGAUCUGACAAUGGAGUAAAAGUAUGUACUCUUCACGAUCUAGUACUCGAUAUGUGCAGCAAAAUGGUUGAAGAAGAUGAAAAUUUUCAAUUUCAACAUCGAUUCUUGAUAUCUAAGCAUCACCAUCUCCAUCGCUUGUAUAUGGGUAGUUUUCAUCACGUCUGGGUAUCUGAGAAUAUUUCCGAUGCCUUCUCCAUUGUUUAUAAUUUGGAAAAAAUUAGGAUCUUGGAUUCAAGCAAUGAUGACAUUGUUCGACUGGGAUUCAAAAUUAUGCCUGACUUGAGGUACUUGGAAUUUUCAGAAUUAGAGCCAUCAAUAGGCAAACUCCAUAACCUUGAAUAUCUUUGUUUGCAUUACUUAAAUGAAGUACCAACAUACCUUCUCAAUAUGCCUAAGUUGAGACAUCUACGUGUCGGUGGCAAGUAUGAUGGUGUAAGAUUCACUAAGAAUAGUGAUGGCUUCCGAAUAAAUUGCCUACAGUCCCUUUGUUACAUUCGGAUUGUCGAUUCGGAAGAUGAAGAAAUCUUUAGAUGUUCACCUAAUCUUCGUACACUUAAAUGCGUAUCACCACCAGGCAAUUACUUUCCUGAUCUCAACUUUCUUUCUCAGCUUCAAUCACUCACAAUUUCAAAAUAUGCAUUCGAAGGUGAUUACUCGGUGGUUAAAUUUCCUAUGAAUAUCAAAAAGCUUACUCUUUCUGAAAUUUGUUUGCCUUGGGAAAAGAUGUCAUUAAUUGGGAUAUUGCCCAAACUCGAGAUUCUGAAAUUAGGAUACAAUGCCUUUAUAGGAAAAAUUUGGGACACCAAUGAUGAUGAGUUCCAAAAACUCAAAUUCCUUAAGUUAGAUUCGCUAGACCUUAAACAGUGGAAUUCGUCACACGAUCAUUUUCCUGUACUUGGACGAUUGGUGUUGCAAAAAUGCGAAGGUCUGGAGAAGAUUCCUUCUGAGUUUAGUAACAUUCCAACACUAGAGAAGAUUGAGGUAACUUAUUGUGGCAAAAAUGUCAAAGCUUCAGCUCUGGAAAUUCGUCAAGAACAACAGGAUUAUGGUAAUACAGAGAUUGAUGUAACCAUCAGUAGCUUUUGAUUAUGCAGGAGGUUAUAGGAUUUUUUUGCCAACCAGUUGCCUACUAAAAUGCUCGAAAACCAUGAGCUACGGCCGCAAUCGAUUGCUCUUGAGAAAUGAAACAUCUAAAAUCCAGGCUUGGACCCAACCCGUCGACAAUGAGAAUGCAGUGACAAAUGAGAAUAUGGGGGAUAGGCUAUUCGAGACAGAGGUGCGGGUUGAACAAGCCAGGGCAAGAGAAGCUGAGAAACAGAACAGCUAGAUCACCUGGCUCGCUUCUACUCUUUUCUUUGACUUCCUCAGUUUCGAUAUGCCCCUUAUUUUUACUCAUCUUGUUGGAAAACUGGAGAAAUUGAUACUUGUGACUUCCUAUUUCUUUUAUGCAGCUAGAUAAGUUGGCAGGGAGAUUGGCAUAAGUUGAAAUGCUGAGUCAUAGCAGGGAGGGACAUAUUUGUUUAUUUUCUGCAUUCAAUACAACUUUUGUUUGGUUGGCAAUGGAGUUUGAUGAAAAUCGUUUAUUUGUUGGGAUACAAAGUAUUAGUGGGAAAUAAUAAUUCACAAUGAAUGGUACUUUUGAUAUUUUGCUA